UUCCCCACCAACUUUGUAGUCGUGCACUAUGGCUGAAGAGACACUGCCAUUAAUUCGACAUGAUGGCAUCAGCGUGGGCGGACGCCGACGAAACAAUGAUAUUCCUGUGGAACGAAGGAAAAACAACGAUAUUCCUGUAGAGCAAUGGAGAAACCACGAUAUUUCUACCGAACGAAUGAGAAACAACGAUAUUCCUGUGGAAAGAAGGAGAAACCACGAUAUUUCUGCCGAACGAACAAGAAACAACGAUAUUCCUGUGGAACGAAGGAGAAACAAUGACACGACUACCGAACGAAAGAGAAACAACGUUAUUCCUGUCGAACGAAGGAUACAUCAAGCUUCAGAUCUACAAACUAAUGUAUGUAGCGUCAUGGCUUCUCUGCUAUGUUGUCGAAAGAUGAACAUGGCCUCACGUAUAUGUCUACUAUGGUUCUACAUUCUGCUACUGACGAGUCUAAGUGGUUUCUUUAUUUACGUGAGGUUUAUAAUUAUACCAUCGUUCGCUGUAGCUCCUACAGAUACCAGAAUUGUCAAUCCGUUGUUUUCCGUGUUUUGUGAAUCAGUGUCCGUGUGGUCAGACGGGCCAUCCUUUACGACAAGCUUGUUCAGAGAGGAGCCGUAUAUUCAACCUGGUGAUUCGAAAACUCUAUAUACAUGGGAGAAACGCUACAAUUUUCACAAUGAUGGAUUCCAAUUCUGGCAAUUUUACUUCCUAGAAGGCACCUAUACUGAUGUGAAAUACACUAGUGACAUAGGUUGCUGUGCUGAAAUCGUCAUUGUCUCUGGCCUGAGCAAUUUUGAUGCAUGGAUUAAAGACAAAACUAAUGACCAUUACGAAAAAAUAGUUCAGGUAUGCUAUUCCGGGUCCUUCGAUUAUCUCUCGGACAUAACAGGAGACAUGUUUUUCAUCGUCAACAACAAGGGAUGUGAUACGAAUAUUGCCAUAACAAUAAAACUGUAUAGAACGUCAUAUUUACAAAAUAGUUUUGAAAUUUGCAGUCCAAAUAGCACCAUAUGUACAGCGAGUCUUGAAUUGUUUUCGAAAGAAAAUGUGGUCUUUACAUUGCCCUACUUUAACGAAACAGAAGCAGCAAACAUUUAUGGAAAAUGUAACCCGAGGAUUUACGGUUUGAUGGCAUGUUUUAUAAUUGCACCUGUGGCUGUUGGUAUUGUUUUGACCAUAGUUGUGUGCAAAUGUUUCAAUUCAAACACUGACAGAAGGCAUCCAUAGUACCUACUCGUAUAUGAGCGUGGCCAUUUUAAGACCGAGAGCAUAUAUUGUAGAGUGAAUACCUGUAUACUCUAAUACUGUAACUUACCACAAUCAAUACAUUUGUUUCAAUAUACCAAAAAGGAUGAAUAUAUGUCGAAAACAAUGGUACUUAUGAAGGAUACCGAGUUUAAUUUGUUAAUAAGGUGAAGAAAACAAGGUAUUUCUACCUUAUGAAACGGUAGUAGAUCAAAGUAAAUCUUUUUAGCACUCACCAAUCAUUUAUUUUGCUUGCGUUUUCAGCUAGAAAAUACACGGUUACAAUCUUGUUAUUGGUAAUUAAUAUUUUCCAUAAAUGCAUUCUUUAGUAGUUAAAGGUUUAUCACUCAAAAUAUAUGUUCCUCAUACAUGUGUAUUGAAUACGAGUGUCACUUUAAAUAACUCUUUUGGAUUAUCUUUUAAAAGAAACAGGAAUCUAGCAACGAGUGUUUGAAUAACGAAAGUAACCUCAGCAACGGUGUAUAUUGUCUGGAAAUUAUUAUUGAUUAACUCAACCAUUCAUGUUUUAUUACCUUGACCAAUUGAUAUAUAUGCAAUGUUUUUAUAAGACGAAAAUAAUGAGUUUACCGAUAUGCCAAAUUUCGAAGCGGCAACAUUUGUGACCUGAAUAUAAUCAUGUAUAUGUUCACUACAUAUAACGUUCUGAUUGGUUGAAUUACUCGUUUGUUGGUUCUUAUUUCAGUG